AUGAAUUUUUUUCAGUUAAAAAAUGUGACGUCAAACAGCAUCAUAAAGCUAUUGUGCAUCAUUAAUUUUAUUGAUGAUAAAAAAAUAUUUUCUAAAGGUGAAAAUUCUUUUGAAUGUGGCUAUGCCAAAACUUUUGAUUACAUACCUGAUGUGGGUAUACUUAGUGGUCAAGUGCAUGCAAGUAUGAAAAAUAAUUUGUAUGAUGUUAAGAUAUUUUUCAAAGAUAAAAAUAUUGAACAUGCCAGCUGUACUAGUCCGACAGGUUUGACAAAAUGUCAUCAUAUGGUUUCAAUUCUUUUACAUGGGCAUAAUAAUAUAUCUGUAACUGAUAUAUCAUGCAGCUGGUCAAAAAAAUCUGUAAGAGAAAAUGAUGAAGUAUUGACUAUUGAUGAUAUGUAUGAAAAUAAUUUUAAAGCUGUUACUGAUCCACACAAUAUUGAUUUUAAAGCUUUACACUUUGAUAAAUUAACAGCAACUAAUCAAACAGUUGGACUUUCAUGGUUAGGUUAGGUCCAGAACCUCCAAUUGAGGAUUUAAGUGAUAUUCUUCUAUUGGAAAAUGUCCUUAAUUCUUCAGAAUUUAGAAAUUCUAAAAAUAGUGUUCAAAUGUUGUCUGACAAAAAUGUCAUCUGCAAUUCUUAUUAUAUGGACUACUAAAUCUUUAGUUGCUUUCAAAAUGUAUAAAGAUCC